UAUGACCACAGUACACAUCCAAUGUAAACCAUGCUUGUUUUCUGUCCUGUCUGUGCUAAUGUUUUGGUCGUGGAAGAAGGACCCAACUGUUAUCGGUUUGGUUGUCACACAUGCCCUUACAUACAGAACAUUACACGAAUGGUUAAAUAUCGCAAAUAUCCAAAACUCAAAGAAGUAGAUGAUGUGCUAGGAGGUGCUUCAGCCUGGGAAAAUGUUGACUCUACUCAAGAAACUUGUCCCAAGUGUGAGCAUGGACGAGCCUAUUUCAUGCAGAUUCAGACUCGGUCAGCUGAUGAACCUAUGACAACAUUUUACAAAUGCUGUAAUGUAGAGUGUGCACACCGAUGGAAAGACUGAAGGUUCUGCUAUAAUUUUACUUUUGUAUAUUUUGUAAAUAAACUAUUUUCAUGAAA